AUGGUCUCCUGCCUCAUGAUCACUCCCGCAGAGGUACUCAAACAGAACGCGCAGGUCAUCGAGAAAAGUGGUGGCCAGCAGACUGCUGCGAUCCAGGUGUUUUCGCGGUUCAGGCAUAAACCGUGGAAAUUGUGGAGUGGGUACGCAGCGCUUGUGGGGAGGAAUUUGCCAUUUACGGGGCUGCAUUUUCCGCUUUUCGAAUAUGUGCGCUCACAUGUUGUUGAUUGGAGGCAGGAGGAGAAGAGAAAGGAUAAGGGUGGGAAUGGGGGUGAGUUGGGGCGGAUACAGGAGUGGAAUCCUGUGCUGGAGCGGGCAGUUUUGACGGGGUUUUCGGCUGGUUUAUCAGGAAUGAUUGCUUCCAUUGUUACUACGCCGAUUGAUGUGAUUAAGACGAGGGUUAUGCUUGCUGCUAGUAAUGGAUAUGUCAGUGGUGGUGAAGGAGGGGAUGCUGCUCCCGGGCCAGAUACGAUGAAGAAGAUAGGGACGCGGGGAACGAUUGAUGUUGGGAAGGAGAUUUGGGAGAAUGAGGGCAUAAAGGGGCUUUUCAAAGGAGGGUUGAUUCGGGCUGCGUGGACUGCCGUUUCGCUGGGGUUGUAUUUGAGUAUCUACGAGGCAGGGAGGUUCUAUCUUGAAAACAGACGGAAGGAUAGGGAUGGCAAGGCACAGGAGAAAGAGGGCGAGGGUGUUAUAUAG